AUGCCGGACAGCUGGGACAAGGAUGUGUACCCUGAGCCCCCGCGCCGCACGCCGGUGCAGCCCAAUCUCAUCGUCUACAUGAUGAAAGCGUUCGACCUCAUCGUGGACCGACCCGUGACCCUCGUGAGAGAAUUUAUAGAGCGGCAGCACGCAAAGAACAGGUAUUACUACUACCACCGGCAGUACCGCCGCGUGCCGGACAUCACUGAGUGCAAAGAGGAGGACAUCAUGUGCAUGUAUGAAGCCGAAAUGCAGUGGAGGAGGGACUACAAAGUCGACCAAGAAAUUAUCAACAUUAUGCAGGAUCGGCUCAAAGCCUGUCAGCAGAGGGAAGGACAGAACUACCAGCAGAACUGUAUCAAGGAAGUGGAGCAGUUCACCCAGGUGGCCAAGGCCUACCAGGACCGCUAUCAGGACCUGGGGGCCUACAGUUCUGCCAGGAAGUGCCUGGCCAAACAGAGGCAGAGGAUGCUGCAAGAGAGAAAAGCUGCAAAAGAGGCCGCCGCUGCCACCUCCUGA